GCGUGGGAAGAAUUACAUCCAGUUAUGGUGAUUGCUGUCAUAUAUGAGUAACAAAGUUCAGUCUACUAACAUAGAUGAAUAAUUAGAACUUGGAGUAGUUAAGUGAUGUACUGUUCUUAUCGUUCGUUGGCGUGUGUGACUGCAUAUUUCCUUGAAUUAUGUCGACUAACGAACUAGGUCCUCAAUCUGUUGUUGGAUUAAAAGACAUCUCUUUAGAUAUGAUGGUUAUGCAGGCCAACACAAUAAAAUUAAGUGAUCAGGAAGCUAGUCGUUCGAAUUAUUCUAAAGACGAGCCUUGUUCUAUUCAUGAUUCCUUUAGUAUUGACCGCCACUCUUCAGAUGAAAAUUCACCUGGUGCCAAAAUUAAAGAAGAUCGGUGUACUGAAGAAAUGACUAUAUCAGGCUCGGCUGGGGACGAUGUUUCACGAGCGUUGAUACAGCGAAAACAACCACUAAUGGAACUAGUUAGUUCCGAAGAAGGUUAUGUUCGGCGUUUGAAACUGGUAAAGGAUUUCUACAUACCUGCUGUUAAUGCUCCAACUACAGCUCAGUCCAAUACCGAAAACAUUAUAGGAGCAGCUAGCUCGCUACCUCACAGUGAUUCACAUGCUUCCCCGCCUGUUGCUCCAGAGGAUUUAGCAGCCCGAUGGAGAAUUAUAUGGGGAAACUGGAUUCAGCUAUAUGAAUGGCAUUCGGCGUUCCUUGAAAAAUUAGUUAGCGUUGUGGAGAGUGAUCCCGAUCGCAUACCAAAGCUCUUUAUUGACUCUCGAGCUCGUUUAAGGUCUAUAUACUCGAAAUAUUGUGAAAAUCACCGAAAGGCAGCUUUAAUUGCAGAGCAGUACCGGGAUUUUUUUGAGGAGUUGCGUAUUUUUAUUGGCGACAAAGAGGACGUUGUCUCACACCUGAUGCAACCAGUACAGCGUAUAAUGCGCUACCAACUCCCUAUUGCAGAGAUUCUUAAGUACACUCAACGUGCCUGUUCACCUGAUCUUUUAUUGUGGAAAAAGACUUUGGAGAUUAUGAAGGAAAUCCCAAAGGAUACGCAACUGAUUUUGGAAGCUGCUCGUAUAGAUGGCUUCCCUGGAGUAAUAACCGCUUUGGGAAACAUAUUAUUACGCAGUGAUCUGUUAGUAGCAACUACUACUCGUGAGCAAUUGUUAGAAACUGUCACUGCCUAUAAAAUGGCUCUUCAAAAUGUCAACAGUGGUGUUUUUUCUGAAACCAAUACAUCACUUAACAAAAUCCCUUCUCAUGUUGGGCGAUCUGGAGUAAAUACGGGUCCAUCACUUUCUACAAACACUUCAGCCACAAUGUGUUCGUCCUCUGCUACACCAAAUAGUUUGGGAUUACCUUCUCCUGUUGAAGGCCUUAAUUCUGUUAUCUCAGAAGGAAAUGGACUUUUUACAGGAAAUCUAAAGUUUGUAGAAUCACGGUUGUUUUUAUUCGAGCAAAUGCUACUCGUAACGGAAGAAGUUAAACCAAAGCGUCGCGUAGCUACCAGUGAUACAUUUUCCCAGUCUACUUAUCAGUUUAAAGCUGCAAUAAAUGUCAACAAAAUGCGUUAUGAGUCUCAUUGGUACAAUUGUACUCUUUCGAGUGGUCACAUAAAUUCAGAAGCUGCAACUAUUGAUAAUCUUUUGUGCAGUGGCUAUUCACCUGACGAUCUGCGGUUUGCAAUUUUAGACCAAACUCCUGGAAAAGACUUCGUCUAUGUUAUUGAUCCUAUUAGCUGUUCGAAUAGAGAAGCAUGGGUUGUACAGUUGCGUGAUAUUCAGCAUAUGCAGCACGAAUUUUUGCUUGCUCUCCAAGAUCCAAGGAAAUUCAACACUAGCACUCGGGAUGAAGGAUGGGCUAAGGAUUCACUAACACAUGAACUUACAUCAACUUUUAGUACAGAUCAAUCUGUACGAACUGAUGCUCAGUUAUCUAUAUCCAUAUCUCCAUGUAAUCAAGCAAGUCAACAACCACAUAAAAAGUGGCCAAGCUUUACAAUGAAACGCCCAGUUAGAUUAGGUUCUAACUCAUCUUCCAUAGGCACAAAAGAGAUUGGAACAGGAAGACAGUCUUCCGCUUCACGCCCAAUUAUCCCUCUUAAAUCAGGAUCUCAAGAUCGACCAGUUUGUCUUGCUCGGUCUUUAUCUGCCGAGCGUCAAUUUUCGAAUCGCGAAAAACUUGUAGAUUCGAAGUUCCUAACUUGUGAUGAUCAAACUGGUGAUGAUGUGUGUGACACAUCAGUUUACCGCAAAUCUUCUCAAAGUGCAAAUAGCUCCCUAAAGCUGACUAAUCAAUCUGUUAGCUCAAAACUAUCGGAUAAUAUUUUACAAAAUGAAACUACUCCACAUUUAAAAGGUGGAUUGUUGAAGAAAAGAAAUGCUCUUGUAAACUUCUUCAGUCGUGGCAAACCUAAGCACAGGGGUAAACACCACCAAAGUCAGCAUCAGUUAGUUGUGCCAUCAGGAUUACAGUCUAAAUUAGAACAUGAAGCUGUUCCUGACUGUACAUUUCCUAAUUCCGAUGACCAUGUUUGUAAUUCUGAGGUAAAUUUAGGAGACAAUCCAAUCAUAUCAACUGAUAAUAUACCCAAUGUUAAACCUCAUGCUUUGGAAUAUACAACAGAAUAA